GCCAGAGGAGGCUGCCGGAUGUCCUGCCGAAGCCGCGGGCUGUGUCAGGCUUCACACGGCCGAUGCCCAGCAGCAGCUGAAGAUUAAAGAAGAGGUUCCACAUGUUGAGCCUUGGGCGCCCCCUGUGGACCUGGAGGAGCAAGAGCUACCUGACAUAAAGGAGGAGGAAGUGUGGACCAAUCAGGAGGCGGCUGACAUCAUCACCGUGACUGUCAAAGGUGAAGACGACGACGACGACGAAAAGCCAGGUUCGUCACAGGAUCUUUAUAGGAGUGAGGAGAAGACGAGGGGUCCAGGAGGACCGGAACCAGACGGGGGUCCAGGAGGACCGGAACCAGACGGGGGUCCAGGACCAGGUACCGACGACGAGGCCGAAGACUCCGCUGAGACCGAGGACAGCGACGUGGGCUGGGCCGAGAGCAGAGAGGCCGAGGAGGAGAAGGGUCUGAGGAGCGUGGAGAACUUCAGCUGCUCCGUGUGCGGUAAAAGGUUUGGGCGCGGGAACGACCUGAGGAGGCACAUGAAGGGUCACACGGGGGAGAAACCCUUCAGCUGCUCAGAGUGUGGGAAAAGAUUCAUCCAGAAAAGUGACCUGAAAAGACACGAGAACAGUCACACGGGGGAGAAACCCUUCAGUUGCUCCGUGUGCGGCAGAAGCUUCGGGCGCAAGAGCAGCGUGAGGAUCCACGAGGUCAUCCACUCGGGGGCCCGGCCCUUCAGCUGCCUCGUCUGUGGGAAGAGCUUCAACCUGAAGCCCUCGCUGCAGCUGCACCUGAGGAUCCACACGGGGGAGAAACCCUUCAGCUGCCCCGUGUGUGGGAAGAGAUUCAGCCAAAAGAGUGACCUGAGGAGACACGAGAAAAGUCACACCGGGGAGAGACCGUUCAGUUGCUCAGUGUGCGGGAAAAGAUUUGGCCACAGGUCGAACCUGAGGGUCCACGAGAAAACUCACUCCAGAAAGAACUUGACGGAGCAGCGCGGAGAGACCCUGGUUGAUGUGUACCUGGUUUUCGAAGUCGAACUUUAUCAAUCUCUACAAAAGGCUCUUAUUUUGAAGGAGCGAUUUUCGAAGCGGAACCAUGGAUUUCACUUCCGUGUUGUGUCUGACUCUGCACCGACUCAUGUAAACAUGUCCAGACUGCGGGAGGUGAAGAGCGUGUUCCUGCAGCAGCUGCUGACGUCACUGCGAUCAGAACUGUUCGGACACCUGGAGAGAAAAGUGUCACAGUAUCAACAGGAAAUGGAUCGGAACCAGAAACUGCUGGAUUCGGUCCGAGAAGAAACUCAGACCCCGGAGUUCGACCCUGGUCAGCAGGAGUUUGCUCCCAUUGAGGAGGAACCUGAGGAGGAGGAGGGUGAGGAGGAGGCCCAAGGUUCCCGCUCUCCAGAGAACAGCAGUCGUAACCGUGGCGACAGCGGCAGCACAGCUCCCGAGGGCCUCACGUCUGGGGACAGUUGCGUUGGACGGGAAUCGCUGAUCAAACACAUCAAGACGCCGACGUUGGAAACCUACUUCAGCUGCUGCGUGUGCGGAAAAUCCUACAUCUACAAACACAACCUGCAGAGACACCUGAGGACGCACUCCGACCUCACACACGCCCACCGGGGGUCCUUCUGCUGCUCGGAGUGUGGGAGGACGUUUGUCCAUCGACACAACCUGCAGAGACACGUGCAGAGACACCGCGGCUCGCCGCAGACCUACAUGAAGACCCAGACGGCGGGGAGACCCUUCAAGUGCUUCCACUGUGGGAAAACCUUCACUCUGUUGGGGUUCCUGCAGCGACACAUGGUGGUCCACCCGCAGGUGAAACCGUUUCGCUGCGGCGUCUGCAGGAAGAGAUUUUUCUGGAGGUUUCAGUUAAAGGAUCACAGGUGUCAGGGGGCUAAAGGUCCGGCCCGUGUCAGUCGAGGACAGGACGAAAGUGUCCACGCAGAGGACUGGAGAAACAUCAGACGACAUCCGUCUGGUUUCACCUACCAACGAAGUAAAAAGGCUCCCGAGGCUGAAGAGAAACCGUACUCUGACCACGAUCCUGAACCUGGCGAUGACAGAAGACGACUGCAGCACUCUGAGACGGUUCAGUCCUCCGGUGAGGACCGUCUCAGUCCUCCGACCCAGAGUGGGACGGACGAGAACGUGUCCAACCCCGUCUCUGCACCAGAACACAGUAUAUCCAGACACGCCUGCGACCAUUUAGGACACAGACCGUUGAACGUUUACGUCAACAGCGUGGGAUUCGUCCAGAGCGAGAGUUCCGGUCCUCAGACGUCCAGCAAACCACUGCUCCACUGUUCCAUCUGUCAGAUGGGCUUCGGCGACAGAGAGACGUUGUUCCAACACAUGGGAGUUCACAGCAGACAGACGCAGUUCAGGUGCUUCGUCUGCCGCAAGGAGUUCACCUGGAGGAGGCAUCUGACCAAACACAUGGAGGUCCACGCCAAGACCUUCGACUGCUGGGACGUCAACGGUGGAGGUCAGUGGCCGUUGGUGGAGCCCUCGUCUGAAGCGGACAGGAAGCCGGCGCCAGGAGCCGCGGGCAAAAAGACGUUUGACUUUUCAGAGUCGGACAGCGACGACAGCGACUUCUGGAAGGAGAGCAGGAAGAAGAACCGUGUGAAGGAGGAGGAGACGCCGAGCGAGGCCGGCGCUGACGGCGCCCUCUGGAGUCUGACAUCGUCAAGGAAUCAGAGUGGACUGGUAGAAACGUCAGGGAGCAGAGAGACCGGGGGGUCGCUCGGUGACAGCCCGUGUGACUCAGGGCGCUGGGGUCGUCAGGGGGCGGGGCCUGUCAACGUCAAGAAGGAAGAAGAGGAGGUGGACGUCACUGCCGUCCACGUGAAAACCGAGGACGCCGGCAGCGACGACAGCGACUUCUGGAGCGACAGCAGGAAGCCUGAGCGUGGUCGGGACGAGGAGCGCCCCGACGACGACCCCGGCGACGACCCCGGCGACGACCCCGGCUCCAGGUCCAGCUCCAAACCCUACAUCUGCUGCCAGUGCGGGCAGGGCUUCUCCUACCUGGACGUCCUGGAGAGUCACAUGAAGCUCCACACCGCCAAGGCCUCGUACUGGUGCCCGGUGUGUGGAAAACAGUGCAUCGACGCGGCGAAAGUCCGGAUCCACCUGAGGACGCACACCGGAGAGACACCCUUCAGCUGCUCCACCUGCGGGAAAAAGUUCAAAUACAAGUGGACCUUGAAGAGACACCUGGAAAUCCACAACUCUGAGAAACGCUACCACUGCAGCGUCUGCGACCAGAGGUUCGCCUGGUCCACGGAGCUGAAGUACCACCAGUGUUUGGGUGAGAGGAGCCCCCACAAGGGGGCGCUCAACGGCAGCAGUGACGUCUGUGAGGCUCUCACUCACUUGCAGACGCUGAGAGAGAGUGUACAGCAGCGCCUCAUCGCGGCCGCGGAGCAGAUCUUCGAGCUGUUCGAAAGAACCAUAGCGGAGUACGAGGAGGAGCUGAGUCGCUCCAAGCAGGAGAACCGGCGGCAACAGAAACUUCUGGAAGCUUUUAAGCUCCAGAACCAGCAGGAGACCACAGAAUGUCGCCACCCUGUGGAGGGCGGUCAGGAGGAGGUCGACAUCACUGCGGUGACCGUGAAGAUUGAAGAAGAAGAAGAAGUUGUUUCCUCGCAGCUUCACCUCCAGAGUCUGGACCGUGGAGGAGCAGAACCAGGACCAGGACCAGGACCAGGCAGCAGUCCGGUUCUGGUCCUCCAUUCCCAGGGUUUUGAUCCGCAGCUCAGUGCCGUUUGGGGAAAGAACGCAGAGGCCACGUCACACGGACGCCAUCAGAAUGGAUCCCGCAGCUCGGCCCGUCACGUGGACCAGCGGUCCAACGUGAAGACGCCCAGGAAGGUCCAGCCGACGGCGAGGAGACCCUUCAGCUGCCCCCAGUGUUCCAAACCCUUCACACAGAGGGUCCAGCUGACACAUCACAUGAGCAGUCACCAGGCGGCGCUCAGAGAGGACAGUCGAGGAGCAGAACCCGCCUGGCGGCCAGUGGGAGGCGCUGCUGAGCAGGAACUGAGUGAAAACCUGGCUGAGAUCACCGACUCCAUGGACUCGGAGGAAUCUUCCGGAACUUCGGACACCGAAAGUUCCUCGGACUCAGACUCGGGAGAUGGCGACGCCGGUGUUUGGACAGACUCCUGGAAACCAUCGGGUCGAAAGGUCGCCAAAACCGAAGCGGCUCCUGACGACGAAGAGGCCGACAAACCGUUCCGAUGCCUGGAUUGCGGCAGAAGGUUCAAGGCCAAGGUGACGCUCAAGUCACACAUGACCAUCCACACCGGAGUCAAACCCUUCACUUGUUUCUUGUGCGGCAAGAAGUUCAGCCGCAAGCCCUACCUGAAGUCCCACAUGAUAACGCACGCCGGAGACCGACCCUUCAAGUGUUCCUUCUGUGGCAAAGGUCUGAGGACCAAGGCCAGCCUCCAGGAGCACCAGAGGAUCCACACCGGAGAGAAACCCUUCGACUGCCCCGAGUGUGGGCGGAGCUUCAGGUCCAAGGGCUGCAUGACCAUCCACAUGAGAACUCACAGAUGAACGGGCUGCCUUUGACCUUUGACCUGCAGGCUUCAGCUCAGCCGUUCUGAUGUAAAUGUCCGUCAGUAACUGUUGGUGACAUCAUGACUCAGAUUCUGAGCCAAUUAGAAAUGAGUACCGUUAGCACAUAUAUGUUUAUAUAUGAAAUAAAACUGUUGACCAAGGACACGGUGUCUCUGCUGUGGAUCCAGUGACGUCACCGUGAGUUCUCUGUGACCUGCCUAGCAACAGCUGAUGAU